CUUCUUUUUUCUUUUUAAGAAUUUGCGGAGAGCUAUAUUUCCUGACCCUCCCCCCCUUCUUCCUUCACAAAAUUAUCGGAAAUUAGGGUUUGCAGCUCUGAUCAACUGAAACCAUGGGGGGAGGUAAUGCCCAGAAAUCUAAGACUGCUCGCGAGAGAAACUUGGAGAAGAACAAGGCUUCCAAAGGAAGCCAAUUAGAUGCGAAUAAGAAAGCUAUGAGUAUCCAGUGCAAGGUAUGUAUGCAGACAUUCAUAUGCACCACGUCAGAGGUAAAAUGCCGAGAGCACGCUGAAGCAAAGCAUCCAAAGAGUGCCGUUGAUGUUUGUUUUCCACACCUUAAGAAAUGACCUGACCCGUUCUGUUCUUUACCGUGCCAAGGUUGUGUAAUGUGUACAAUAAUUGAAGUUGGGAAGUGGGUUUAUCUUUAUUAUGCCGAAGUCGUGUAAUUUUAUCAAAUCGUAGCGUUUGAAAACUCUCAUGAGUACAUUUGUCUUCGAGUGACUGGAUUGCUUAAUGUGAAACUAAGUGGCUUUGUGCUUAA